AGUUGCAAUGAUGAAUCAGUACUAAGUGAUUGUCGGUGGGAAGAAUGGACCUGCACAAUUGACACAUCCCACAGUGCAUGCUAUACCAGAAGGACACGACGUGAAGAUGGAUACAUCAAGCAAGACGAAGGCUGUGUGAAUACAGCCUGGAAUCCAACAUUCUGUGGCCGUGCCUCAGAGACUCAGGCUGUGUUGUGCUGUAAUGACAGUGACAUGUGCAAUCAGUAUUUCACGCCUACUUUUCUCCCUCGAGCAAUUGUCACAUCAACUAAAGCACCGCAGUCAAUAUCCAAUAUCCAUACUUUUUCUUUAGUCAGAGAUACUGUCACACUAAGAGUUAGCUCUACCAUCUUGGAGCUCUCUACAUCUCAUGCACUCUCUACACUCCUGAGUACCACCACUGAAGGAACAUUCUCGGUUUCGUCUGCACCAACAAAGACACCCUCUCCCACAUCUCAGCCUGGUUUGAAUUAUAGACCAAGUUGUAGUCAAAUUCGUUUUUGGCAUGCAUGCAUCAAUUCCAAAUUUAAAGCUCUGCACCUUAAUUUGGCUAAGUUAAGUAUUCUAUCUCACAAAUUACAGCUGUGGCACCAACCAUGUUGCAUCCAAUUGUCACAACAGUUGGACUUCAUAAAAUCUGUGUAUCUUUACUUUACCUGACCUUACCAUUAGUGGACUAUUUGUUUGAAAGUUGUUUUUAUCUUUGCAGGUUUUUACUCUGCUAUUGAACCAGUAAUUGGGGGAAUAUGUUGUUCCUGUGUUUUUGUCAGUGGCUCAUCUGCAAUAGGGUGUUCUCUGAAACUCUACUCUGAUGAACACACACUGCUGGUCUUCAACAUUUCUCGGGGAACAUAUGAUAAUGUAGCAGUUUUAAAAUGCUUUACGAUGCAACAAACAGGGGUAUUUGGAGCAUUUCUGCAUGAAAUACAAGAGGAUGGAUCUGAAGGGCCUUCUAUGUUGCACCUUCAAGAUGUAAAGCUUGAAAUCAGACCAAUCUGUGGCAACACCAAGACUGAGAGUGCUUCAAAAUCCAGAGUAAUGACUGGACUUUCAGUUGCACUGAGUCUAGCACUGGUUAUUCUCCUACUGACUACUCUGAUCACGUGCUUCUUGUUGGUUACAAACCAGAGGGCCAGACACAAGAGAAAUAGCACAAUCACACAAAGUGAUCUCCAAGCAGUUUCACCCUCGUGUCUUGCAAACUGUUGAAGAUGAGAAACUAGAAACGCAAGCAGUUGUCAAAACAGUGAAGCUGUAAAGAAGAGAAGAAAGUAUUAUAGUAGUCUGUUUGCAGACAACACAAACCAUAGUGUAUACCCAAUGAACUCUGUUACCCUAGGAAUUUAUUGCUGUUUCAUGUAACUGCUGACUUUGUUGAAAUUCACAUGUCCUACGUUUCCUAGUCAACCGAGUUUGUUUCAAGUAACUGACCAU